GUUUCACCAGUUGCCAAUUUUAAUUUCACCGUCCUUUUAUUCGGAUUUUACGAAUGCAAGUACAAAUGGAGGCCAAGCGCCGCGUGCCUGUAGGUCUGGUGCCGGUCGGCGCUCUGGACGACCCUGCAGCGUCGUUUCUGUCGAUAAAAGUUCACCGGGUGACAUCGGAUAGCGACGACGACGUACAGAUAGAAGUCAACAGAGAGUCUGUUCAGCAAUCCCUUCGCAUGUACUCCCCGCUGGAUAUUGACCCAGUAUACGGCAUCGUGGGCAUUUUGGAUUACCUCAAUGAUACGCACUUAUUCCUGGUCAAGGCGUGCCAGCCAGUAUGUAACCUGGCAGAACUGCGUGGCGAGCAAAAGACAGUGUUUCGGAUUCUUCGUUGGACUCGACCUUAUGAUAUGCUGGCGAGCAACCGUCCAAUGGGCUCGAUGGAUGACCACGCAACGGGCGAGAUGGAUGUGUACGGAAUCACCAAUCCGUGUGCCCAGCUCAAUUCUUUCUUGGAGAACGGGGCAUUCUACUUUUCACCCUCGUUCGAUCUGACUCGGUCAAUGCAGUCGCAGAGACUCAAUGCCAUAGUCAACGAGGAGCCGGGUGUAAGGGAUCCCGACGAAAAGUUCCAUUGGAACAGCAAUAUGGUGAAGGCAAUCAUGGACUAUCGUUUGCAUAUGCUGAGCCACGAAGAGCGACAGCAGUUUGACCAGGAUGGUUUCGUGGUUUCGCUGAUUCAGGGCCACGUUGGCGCAGUGUAUCUGGAUGCGCUGGGGAAUCUGACAGGCACACCCCGGAGCGCACAUAUGUCAGUCUUUUUGAUUUCUCGCAGCAGCUCGCAGCGCUCAGGCGCGCGGUUCCUCACGCGCGGAAUCAACGACGCUGGGGCUGUAGCCAACGAAGUGGAGUCGGAAGUGAUUAUAGCCACGCCGCAGCUGACCUUUGCGCAUGUGCAAGUCCGGGGCAGUGUACCGCUGUUCUGGACCCAGGAUGGGUUCCAGAUUGGCAGCCACAGAGUGCAAGUAACACGGUCACUAAAGGCGAGUCUGCCAGCAACGAAGCGGCAUUUUGCGGACCUUCUUGAUCGAUACAAGCGCGUGAAUGUUGUCAACCUGUUGAGGAUGCACUACGUGCAGAGCUACGAGGACAUGGCUGGCGGAGCGUCUACAGGCAAUAGUGGAUCGUCAGAAGCGGAUUUGGGCCAGAUGUACCACCAGCAAGUGCUUGCAAUGGGGCUUCCGAACGAGCUGCUUCUCUACACAGCAUAUGACUACAAUAACGAGGUGCGUGGUGGACAGUUUGACCGCGUUAAGGAUCUGGUGCAGGAGAUAAAGUCGCUGAUGGCUGACUAUCAGUACUUCCUCGUCGACACCACUUCUGACACGAUUUUGAGCCUGCAGCGGGGUGUUCAGCGGACGAAUUGCCUGGACUGCCUGGACCGGACCAAUGUUGUGCAGAGCGUUAUUUCGCGGUAUGUCUCUGGGGAGUUCAUUGGACAGAAUGCGCUGUUGUCACGGUCAGCUGCACGGAACGCCGUCCAGCACAUCGGCUCGCUAUGGGGAGCAAACGGAAAUGCCAUCUCUAGGCUGUAUGCGGGCACAGGCGCAUUGAAGAACAGUGUGACGACGUCGGGAAAGUCUGGCUGCCGGUUGAUGCAAAACAACUUCCAAGACAAGGGCAAGCAGGAUGUUAUUGACACACUGCUGGGCAUGGACUACUCGGGCUCGGAUCGAAGGCGGGUUGUGAUAUACGAUCGGUAUCAUUCGGCGAUCAUGAGGGAUCUGGACAUGGAGUUGAACAAGAUCAGCAAAAAGGACUCGCUGCACCUCAUGCUAUGUACCUAUAAUAUGCAUGGUGCACCCUACCGUGGCGAGCCAUUGGGCACAUGGCUGGCGAUGCCGCGAAAUAUGAGGCCGGAUUUUGUUGCCAUCGGGUUCCAGGAAGUUGUCAACUUGGACGUGCAAUCAGUUAUCGCUGCUGACAAUUCCAACCGCCGUGUGUGGGAGUCUGUGCUGUCUGACGAACUUAACAUGCAGCACCGCAAGGCAUUCGGGGAUAAGGCAUCGGGCGAGUACGUGCUAGUUUCGUCGGAACAGCUCGUAGGUGUUGCCUUGCUGUUCUUUGCUCAUGAAGACGUGCUGCCGCGUAUCCACAACUUGCAGAUGGUCAAGCACAAGACUGGAUUAGCGGGUAUGGCUGGUAACAAAGGUUGUGUCGCCAUGCACUUGGAUCUCGACGACUCAAGCGUCUGCAUCGUGGCUGCGCACUUGGCUGCUGGUGCAAAUAAUGUACAAGAGCGCAACAACGACUAUGUGGCAAUCCAGCAUGGCGUGAGGUUCAGGCGGGGUCGCCGUGUGUCAGACCACGACUAUGCGAUAUGGCUGGGCGACUUGAAUUACCGCAUCGACUUGCCGAACGACCAGGCACGGCGGAUGAUAGCGGAGCGACAGGUGGCCAGUCUGAUGAUGUAUGAUCAGCUGGGCGUGCAGAUGGCUGCCAACAAUGUCUUUGCCGGAUACAGCGAGGCCGAGAUCCAUUUUCCACCAACCUACAAGUACGAUGUAGGAACGGAUGUCUACGACACCAGCGACAAGGUGCGCGUGCCAUCGUGGACUGACCGCAUCCUGUACAAAGGACACAAUGUUCGCAUUCUCGAGUACUAUCGCGAUGAACUGUGCAUCUCGGACCACAAGCCGGUGCUGGCCAUGAUGGAGUUUGAUGUGGUGUCUGUUGACAAGGUACAAAAACAUCAGAUCAUCCGGCAGCUAUACACCAAAUACCAUCAGGACGAGGCAGCAGGGGUCCAAGGCCGAAGCAAGUGUGCGCCAGAGAAGGGCACGGCGGCUACUGAGCUUGAGGUAAAGAGCAGCCGGGCAAAGCCGCCACCACCUCCGUCAAAGAAAAAGGCAGCUCUCCCGCCGCCGAGCUCUGACUCUCAUGCAUGGUGGGAUGAUGAGUCAUAUAUGCGACCAGCUGGCAGUGGUGGUAGUGGGGUGUUGUCUAUCAACCCGUAUGCACUUGGCAGGGGCAGCCUGGCUGCACUGACGCCUUCGUCUACUCCUUAUUCAGCUAGUCACUCGCAGGCCCCAGUCAAUGUGCUUGAUGACAACAACGAGGAUUUGGUGAAUCUGACCUGGGAGCCGAUCCAGCCAAGCUAUAGCGGUGGUAGCAGCAGUGAAUAUAGAUAGGUUUAUUCGUUUCAUUAAUUCAAUUAUAAGGUGCUAGAGAUAAUAUUAUGCGUAAGGUGCGUGGUUUAGAGGUACAUGCCACCAGCAUACUGCGGGCCGACCAUGAUCGAACCUGAAGGGCCGA